GAAAAUUUAUCGUACCAAAAGGAAGAUAUUGGAGAAUUGGAGCAUACGACGAAAGUUUUAAUUCUGGUGUGAAGGAUAUUACCUGGUGAUAAUCAUGACGUGAUAUAUUUUGCAGGGAUUUGGACAUCAGCUCACGACUCGAGUGAAAAGGUGUUAGGCGUUCUAUAAUCUGUGACUAAUCAAUGGACAGUCGGAUAUUUUAAUGUUCUAAUUCCCUUUUUACAAGUGCUAAAGUUCAAUUUCUUUAUUCACCUUGCGUCAUGAAUUAAAAAGGGGAACAUUCAGCCUACUACCCGCGUAAUUAAUCUACACAGAGAAUGAACGUUUACUUCGACAUUGAAAACAAAUAUUUGGUCAUGAACGACAAGUAUUAUUUUAACAGUCAAUGUUUCUCCAUUGUAAAAGUGCAGGGAUUUACGUGAGGAAACGGUCUCGAUCCGUUACAUGUUGGCAAAAAGUUUAGUCGGAAACAUUCGUGGCAUUCUGUGAAGAUGGCUCAAUGCCACUAUUCGUUGAAAGCCAAUAAACCUCGAUACUUUAAUGGAUUAAGCACAUAACGUUGCAUCUAUCACUCUGGAGUGAGUCUAAUUCACUGUGCAUUGUUUUAUUCGACUUUCAUUCGUUGAGUUUGGAUAUUGCGAUUGAUUUGAUUUGUGUUGACUAUCAUUCAUAAUUAUCCAUCAUGGAUUAUAACUGAGGAUUUAUCAACACCAUCAGCAUAACUCGGCUCGUUACCCUGUGGUUGGUUCUUGGUUCUUCUUCUUUCUUGCUAUCCGAUAAUCAACCAUCACCCUGGAACCCAAACCAGCCGAAGAGCAGCAGACGUCAUCCUCUACGCCUGCUGUAGCUAGGAUGCAAAAAGCCCUGCGAAAGCUGCAUAGCGUGGCCAGCAUGAGCCGACCUGCGGCCAAUGGAAAGGCUCGAAGCCACACCCCUACGACCAAUCAGGACCUUGCCAGCCUGUUUGAAUGUCCGGUAUGCUUCGACUAUGUACUACCACCCAUCCUUCAGUGUCAGAGCGGCCAUUUAGUCUGCUCAAAUUGCCGACCAAAACUCAACUGUUGCCCCACGUGUAGGGGCCCAUUAGGGAGCAUCCGCAAUCUAGCCAUGGAGAAGGUAGCCCAGACCGUUAUGUUCCCGUGCCGAUACGCAUCGUCUGGCUGCGUGGCUACCAUGUCCUACAACGAGAAGCAGGACCAUGAAGAAACGUGCGAGUUUCGUCCUUAUUCCUGUCCGUGCCCGGGGGCGUCCUGUAAAUGGCAAGGCUCCCUGGACCAAGUCAUGCCUCAUCUCACGCAUGCGCACAAGAGCAUCACCACGUUACAAGGUGAAGAUAUAGUAUUCCUAGCUACGGACAUCAAUCUCCCUGGUGCCGUAGACUGGGUUAUGAUGCAGAGCUGCUUUGGCCAUCACUUUAUGCUGGUCUUGGAGAAGCAGGAGAAGUAUGACGGACUGCAACAGUUCUUCGCUAUCGUCCAACUAAUUGGAUCAAGAAAACAAGCAGAAAAUUUUGCUUAUAGGUUAGAACUGAACGGCCACCGGAGACGGUUGUCAUGGGAAGCCACGCCCCGCUCCAUCCAUGAAGGCGUCCAGGCCGCCAUCAUGAACAGCGAUUGUCUCGUCUUUGACUCCAGUAUCGCUCAACUCUUUGCGGAGAACGGUAACCUUGGCAUUAACGUCACGAUAUCAAUGUGCUGAAAGCGGCUACAAAUAUUAAAGUGCAAUCUUGUGUCAUGUUUUUGUAAUUUUUUUUUGUAGGUUUGAUAAUUUUUUGUUUGUUGAUUAGGGUGCUACAUAUAAUUAUUGGGCUAGCUAGUACUUGGAAGGGGUUUAGCUAUGUUGAUUCCAUGUAUGCUGAGGUUUAGGGCCAGCAGAAUUUGGAAAGACUUUGUACGCAGGGGGCUGUGAUUUGUUGAAUGGACAAUGACAUUAGAAUGAUGUCUCUCUCUCUCUCUCUCUCUCUCUCUCUCUCUCUCUCUUCUCUCUCUCUCUCUCUUUCUCUCUCUCUCUCUUUCUCUUUCUCUUUCUCUCUUUCUCUCUCCUCUCACUUUUGCUCCAUCUCGCCUAUCUCUUUUCUCUGCCCCUCUCUAUUUCUCUUUUCUCUCUUUCCAUCUGCCUUCUAACCAUUUCCAACAAACUCAUUUCUUGUUCUGCUCGUUCACUAUGCUCAUUUUCUUCACUUGUCACUCUCUCUCUCUCUCUCUGUCUAUCUCUAUCUCUCUC